AUGGCGCACGAAGAGGUGAGUAACAACCAGCGCCGGACUCACAAAACGCCUACUAACAGCGAUAUAGCAUUCCAUCCCGCGCGGGCCUCGCUCGCUGCAGCAAACCUGAAUAUGCCCGCACUAUCUCCGACGAUGACCGAGGGCAAUAUCGCGACCUGGAAGAUCAAGGAAGGCGACUCAUUCGCAGCUGGCGACGUGCUCCUCGAAAUCGAGACAGACAAGGCGCAGAUGGAUGUCGAGGCUCAAGAUGACGGAAUUCUGGCAAAGAUAAUACAAGGAGAUGGAUCGAAAGCGGUCCAAGUCGGCAGCCGGAUAGCGGUCACGGCUGAGCCUGGCGACGAUGUGAGCACCCUAGAGCUCCCAGCUGAGGACAGCUCAGCGCCGAAGAAGGCCGAAGCUCCUAAGGAAGAACCAAAGGAGUCGAAAUCGGUGCCCAAGGAAGAGCGAACUUCCAAGCCGGCAGCAACGUCGGACACAUCCAAGUCCACCUCCAGCGGCAAAGCCAAGAAGCAAACGUACCCACUGUACCCCUCGGUGCAGCAUCUUUUGAAGAUCAACGGUCUGCCAAAGGAGGAGGCAGACAAGAUUCCAGCCACAGGACCCAACGGCAGAUUGCUGAAGGGCGACGUACUGGCUUAUGUUGGCCAGAUCCAGAACUCAUACCCCUCGGAAUCAGCUGAGCGCUUCAAGACACUGUCUCACCUUGACCUCUCCAACAUCAAGGUGAUGCAAAAGAAGGAAGCUCCUGCCAAGAAGCCUGUAGCUGACGAUGCUCUCCCUGUCGAAGAGCCCGAUGUUGAGGUAGCCCUACCAAUCUCUUUCAAGGCCGUGAUGGACUGCCAGAAGCGUGUGAAAGACUCGAUUGGCGUUUUCUUACCGCUCUCGACCUUCAUCGCUCGCGCUACAGAGCUUGCGAACGAGGAGCUGCCAAAGUCAAAGACCGCAAAGCCCUCAGCUGAUGAGCUGUUUAACGCCGUACUCGGUCUCGACAAGGUUGGAAAGCAGUAUUCGCGCGGCCACUUCGUUCCUCAGGUCACUGCCCUUCCACCUACAACCAUUUCAACAACACGUGCACCGGGCUUGAGAAAGCCAGAUGUAUUCGAUGUUCUCACUGCAAAGAAGUCCUCCACACGCGCUACCAAAGCACGUGCAGUCGGCGGAGCGGAGGGCGUUGUUGGACCCCUGAAUGUGUUUAGCAUCAGCGUACCCAAAGGUGACGAGAAGAGAGGACGCAUCUUCUUGGAGCGCGUCAAGAGCGUCUUGGAAAUUGAGCCUGGAAGGCUCGUUGUUUGA